GGGGGGAGGGGCCAUUGGGGGAGGACGUAGGCGCAGUGACAGGUACCGCGGCGGGUGCUGCUGAGGCGACGAUGGCAGAGGGGCCCGAGGAAGCCCGAGGCCGCCCUCCCGAGCAGGACGACGGCGGAGGGGACCACGAGCCCGUCCCUUCCCUGAGAGGCCCUCCCGCCGCCGCCGCCCCAUGCCCCGGGGCCGCGCUGCAGGCCGAACCCCAGGCCCCGGGCCGGCCCCCAGCCUCGGGCCUUGAGCCCGCCGCGGCCGCAGUCGAGGAGUCGGAGCUCAGGAAGCGCGGGGAGGCCGCCUCCGGCUCCGGUGCGGAGCAGCAGGAGCCCGAGGGCUGCGAAGCGCCCGAGGCCGCGACGCCGCGAGAGAGGCCGGCGCGGCUGAGCGCCCGCGAGUACUCCCGGCAGGUGCACGAGUGGCUGUGGCAGUCCUACUGCGGCUACCUCACCUGGCACAGCGGCCUGGCCGCCUUCCCCGCCUACUGCAGCCCCCAGCCGCCCCCGCCGACCUACCCCUCGGCUGGCGCUGCCGCCCCCCAGGCCACGGCGGCGCCCCCGCCCCCCCAGCUGGGCUAUUACAACCCCUUCUACUUUCUGAGCGGCGGGGCUGCCGGUCCUGACCUGGGAGCGGCUACGGGCAUCACCACCCCGGCUCCAGUCGCAGGCCUGGGACCCCGGGCUCCUCACGUGCAGGGAUCAGCCCGGGCAACUCCAGUGACGAGGGUAGCAUCCGCAGCCCCUUCGCGAACCCCGAGCGACACCGGGCGACAGGCAGGCAGAGAGUAUGUUAUUCCAUCCUUGGCACACAGAUUUAUGGCGGAGAUGGUGGAUUUCUUUAUUCUCUUCUUUAUAAAAGCAACCGUUGUGUUAAGCAUUAUGCACCUCAGUGGAAUAAAGGAUAUCUCUAAGUUUGCUAUGCAUUAUAUAAUAGAAGAAAUAGAUGAAGACACAUCAAUGGAAGACUUGCAGAAAAUGAUGGUUGUGGCUCUUAUAUACAGAUUAUUAGUUUGUUUCUAUGAGAUAAUUUGCAUCUGGGGAGCAGGCGGAGCUACUCCAGGGAAGUUCCUGCUAGGGCUUCGAGUUGUGACUUGUGAUACAUCAGUGCUUAUUGCACCAAGUCGAGUUUUAGUGAUUCCUUCCUCAAAUGUUAGCAUUACAACGUCCACUAUACGAGCUUUGAUCAAGAAUUUUUCCAUUGCUUCUUUUUUCCCUGCUUUCAUCACCCUGCUGUUUUUUCAGCAUAAUCGAACAGCCUAUGACAUUGUAGCAGGAACCAUUGUGGUAAAAAGAAAUGGAGUCAGAUGAUGCCCAAAAAAGCCCUGAACUCCAUAUUUUCUGGAAUAAUGACAAGACUAAAUUAUGUAUCAAGGCCAUCAUUACAUUAAUUGAUGAUUUAGAAAUUAAAGCAGUCACUACAGUGUGGUGCAGGUGACUAUUCUGAAAGUAUUGAUUUUACUUGAAUGCCAAAGAACUUUUCCAGAAGAAAAACCUGUAAAAUUCAAGUGUUAAAAUUUUUAGAUCAAAAAGAAAGCUAGUGGUUUCAUAAUCAACAAUGGACAAUAUAUACUUUCCUAAAAUCUAAGGCAUUAGAAUUUGCUGAGAGCAUUUUUCAGCUUUGAAAUCUCCAAACAAAACUUUAAAAGAUGAUUUUGGUUUAUCCCAAAAUGAUGGAAAAUGUUCAGUUGUGUUUUGUAAACACCUACGUAAUUCAUCCUUUAGUUAACACUUCUUGAGGAAGUUGUCUGUUUUUUGCGGAGACACAAAUUGGAUCCACUUACCUCCCAUCCCAAGAGGUGGUGAGUUAGCUGCAAGAAAAAGGGGCAAGUAAGGCAGGCCUAGCAGUUCCCUUACCUGGAGUUUCCAGUCUGUACUGCAUUUACUGCAGUGGUGAUAUAACUUUUCAACUAUUCUGUAUGCUUAAACAUGUAUUUGGGGGCAAGUUUUCAUGAUGAAGAAAAAGUAUUAAGUCAUAUUACUGUAUUAUCAUUGACUUUUUUUUAAAAAAAAGGUAAGUUAGUGAUUGCUUUUAAUGGGAGAGGAAAAGUAAAUUUUCAUUGUAAAUUUAACUUACAAUUCAUGUAUAAGUGUUUUCAGUGCCCUAAAUCAAACUAUAAAUAUGUAGGAAAAAUUAUUUCCAUUAAACUGUUGCAUAUUUACUGUAAAACAAUAUUCCCAGUAUGUGUGCAGCAUGAAGAAAGUAUUAGUGCUUUUCAGUGUUCUGGAUGAGUGUAACUUGUAUUUAUAUAAAGCAUAGUCACAUACUAGUUACUUUCCUUUUAUAUUUUUAUAUAGUUCCAUGACUUUUGAAAUAUCAGGGAAUUAAAUAAUCUUGGUAUUUCCUGAUUAACUCUAAAUAUAGUAGCCUGUGAAUAUUAGCAGUUUUCCCAUUAUAGACUGUUCUCUCUAAAGCAAGGGAGAGUGUCAUUUCCGGACAUGAUUUUAGGUUCUUUAAGCUCAUUUCAGGCCUGUUAGGGAAGAAGUUUUGGGGGAAAUGUUAAGCAAAGAAUACAUUGUGUAUUGCCAUUUUACUUUAUUCUUCUAUUGAAGCGAAACUGUGGGGUUUUAUGUGUAUACUUUUGUUAGGUUUCCCAGUUAGCUGUGUUGAGAUAUACCUGCACUAUUUAGAGUUUAAGUUGUAUUUGAUUCUUAGGUAUUUUCUCCAGCUCUGAUAUUAUUUUCCAAAAACACUAAGCUAUAUUGCAUAGUUCAAAAUUAAAUUGCUUAAGGGAUCAUCUAGGCUUUGUUCUUGGUCUUAAAUUUAACAGCAAAUGCAAGAGAUCUGUUAUCACUAUCAAUUUUUAAAGUGGGUUUUUCUUUGACAUUUAAAACUGAAAGUAGAUACUCACAUUUGAUAUUUAUAGAAACUUUAAUAGUGUGUUUAUUAAUACCUUUUUAUUGUAAAAUUUCAUAAACCAUGUUUUUAAAAAUAAUUUUAAAUUAAAUUCAACUUACAGAAAGCCUAGUAGUUGAGUGUAUCAAAAUACUAAACAACUCAUUCGCUUGUAGCCUUUGGGAAGAUUUAGUGUUAUGGCCCUUCACAGUUAAAAAAAAAGAUAAAAGAAUUUCUUUAUUAGACUAGAAAUUAGGAAAUGUGGAAAUGUUACAUUAACUUAGCCUUUAGUAGUGUACACACUACUUUUGCCACUGGCUGGGGGAUUCAAUUUCAAUGUCCUUUAGUCAAGUAGCUCGGGAAUACAUCUUUACGAUUUCUGCUUAGAUAAUGGUUUGCCCAUCUAGGCUAUAAAACGAAAGCAAAAAGUAUCCCACUUUAACCUGUUAUACUUAAAAUAUUGCACAUCUGAUAUAUAUGAGUCAUUCAGAUUAAUAUCUAUGUAGGUUCAUUCAGAUCGAACUGUGGGUUCAAGUUAUAUACUAUUAUAUAGCCCUAUAAGAUAUUUAGAAGUAUUAUUACUUUGCCUUUACAACAAAACCUGAGUCUGUUUGUAUUCAUGAAUUUAGCACUUAGGGAAAGAGAUUUUAAUUUCCAGAGUUAAAACAAUGAAGGAAGAGGGAACCAGGCUUAGUGCCACAUUUUUUUCCUUUGGGGGUCAAGUCUCUUCUUCAGAACGCUUUCCUAUAUAAUAUAUAUUUCCUAUAUAGUAUUUUUCACUUACUGAUUUUCUGUGUCAAAGUACUGGUAUAACUCUAGUGCUAGAGCUCUAGCCUAAAAAAUACAGAAGAAAGUUGUGUUCAUAGUACAAACAUUAUUCAUCACUUUAGUAAGUAAUAAAGGGGGGAAAAAUGAGGAUUCAAGUGGAAAGAAUACUAUUUCAGUGAACAUGCCCCAAGUUAAAACCACAGAACUGGCAGUUAAUUUAGGCAUCCAGAAAAUCUCAGUAUCCAUCAUUUGAAAGUAUCUGGACUGCAUAGUGCACCUUGAGAAAAGUCUAGCAUACUGACUAAUGUUCCAUGCUGGAGCCAGAAACUGGGCCCUAGGUAAGUGAGUGGUGGCAAGCCUUGCUUUUAGACUACUUUGUGACUAGAAAUAAAACCAACACUUUUGAAUAGUAAGCCUUCAUUUGCCUGUAUUAUCAAAAGUAUUAUGCAACGGAUACUUUUCUAGCACUAGUUUAUGAGUUACUUCUACCUAAACAUUUACCUUCCAAUUUCACUCACGUAUUUAGGAUUGAAAAAAAGUGCAUUAUAUUUGAGGGCCACUUUGUCCAAAUUACAAAAAUGAGUCUUCAGUGUUUUUUUUGUUUCAAGUGACAGUGAAAUUUGUUUUAACUCAUACAGUAAAAGAAAGAAUUUAUUCCCUUUAAUAACUUGUUUGGGUGUUUUGCUCAUGCAUAGGUAUUUCCAGCAAAGGGAAGGUAAAAGGGAGUUGAAAAUUAAUUUACACUAUUUGCUACUUGGGAAUGAAGGGCUUUUUGAGGGGGAUAAGGAUAUUAAAUAUUUUCAUUCUACACUUCAUUAAAACAGGCUGUUUCUUUGAAGAAUAAGCCUAAAUAACAGUGUUCCUAAAACCCCAGGGCUGGCCAGUUAGCUCAGUUGGAAAGAGCAGUGUUACAACACCAAGGUCAAGGGUUCAGAUCCCUGUACUGACCAGCUCCACCCCCCCACCCCACCCCCGAAAAAUCCUAUGCCCUAAUACCAAAGGCCAAAGUCUUUACCACAUGUGCUUGCCUGGGUGAAGUUCCUCAUUUCAGUGUAUGUGUACUUCCUUAUAGUUCAUUAUAGGUCUUAACCUGCCAACAGAUCUGAUGAACGGCCGAUAAGUAAGAGCAUUCUAUUUUUAAUAAUUUGUAUGCCACCAGUUUGUAUUUUUCUGUCUCAAUAAAUAGUCACCAAUG